ACACCGGUAACUAUAAAUUUAAUAUGCAUCUGUUUCAUAUUUCAUACUAUGCAUGCAGUAAUUGCCUUUAUCACUGUAUCAUGGCAGCCAGAGACUGGAUUUACGUUUCUUCUGUGGCAUUCUUUGCUGCACUGGGUGCUUUCUUGUGUGGAUACAGCAUUGGGUCUUACAAUGGGCUGCAAAACUUUGCUGGUUAUCUAGAGUACUUCGAUCUUGGGAGCAGCACUGCAAAUUCUAGCUGCACUGAAACCUCAGACUUGAAAGAAGAUGACAGGAUCAUACUGGGAUCCAUCAUUUCGAUUUUGAGUCUUGGUGGAGCUGUUGGUAAUCUCUUUGCUGGCAAGCCUGCUGACUACUUUGGCCGUAAAGUAACUAUUAUGAUGUCAGGAGUGCUGAUAGUUCUUGGAGCAGCGAUACAGUGUGCUGCAGUACAGGGAGCACCAUGGAUGGAAAUCUUGGGUCGUUUUAUUGGUGGACUUGGAUAUGGCUCAUUCUAUUUGGCUGGCCCUGUGUACAUUGCUGAGAUUGCUCCAACGCAUAUUCGAGGAACCUUGACAUCUCUUAUCGGCCCAACCAUAGCAAUGGGAAUAAUGACUGGCUAUGUCACCAACUUCCUGCUGUACGAUGAGCUGUUUGGUUGGAGGGUGUCUCGUCUACUGUCUUGUGUCUUUGGUUGUGUCUACAUUGCCGGCAUGACCUUAAUGCCCAGGACCCCAAGGUGGCUCAUGGUGCAGGGGAGAGAGUCAGAGGCACGAGAGGUACUCAGAAAAACUGUCUCCAAGUUGGGACAGGAGGGAAUUGAAGCUGAGCUAGAGGAUAUUAGACAGUCUUUGAACUCGGGACCAAAGAUUAAUAUCUUACAGGAGCUUAAACUAAUUCUGAAAUGGAGAAAUCUUAAACGGGUCUUGCUGGGAGCACCUCUUCACAUGUUUUCAGCUGCUUGUGGAACAGCAAUAUAUUUCUACUCUGAGCCGUUGUUCUGUUCUCUGGGGAUAGUUCCGUUUGUGACUGCUCUUGUGAUUGGAGGAUUGACUCUCUGUGGAACCACCUUCACGACCAUCUUUAUCGACAAGCUUGGCAGAAAGCCGAUGCUGGUGGGAGGUGGUAUAAUGAUGUUUCUCUUCACUGGAACAGCUGCUACACUAGUCUAUGCCUUCGACUUGGAGGAAGAAAAUGAUGAAGUCGUCGGCUAUAUUGUUGUGUGUCUGGUCUGCCUCUUUAUGUUAGUCUACUCAUCCACCUGGUAUGUCAUUCCGUGGAUUGUCACCAGUGAGAUGUUUCCUUUGGAGGGACGAGGACUUGUUGUGGCCAUCUCCACGGCAAUCAACUGGGUCUUUGCAUACACAUUCAAUCAAGCCUUUCCCUCAAUUCUGGCCUCCAUUAACUCGUCUGGUUCUCUGUACAUGAUCAGCUUGAUUGACUUGGCUGCAGCUCUCUUCUUAUUAUUCUUACUGCCUGAGACGAAGGGCUUCAGUCUCGAAGAAAUGGAGAAAAUAUUCGAGAAACCGUGGCUUGAGAGGGUGGGGCUCACUUCCUGCUGCAGGUUUUGUCAUAGUCGGCACGGUUCCACUGAAGAUGGUAUCCCUACUAAGAGUAAACAUGCUGUCAAUGGAGUGGUGAUGCUAGGGGACAAAUCUAUAGAGCUUCAAUAUGCCAGACAAAAGAGAGAAUUUGUGUUUGUGGAGGAGAAUAGUAAAGACUGGGAAGAGUAUUGGGAACGAUACGAUGCAGAAGAGACUAGAACUGCUAGCAAACAAACUAUUGUGUGAAUGCAUGGUAGUUUGGUUUAGCCUGACAAUCAAGCUGUGCAUGUAUAAGCAAUCAUUAUUUUUGUAAAAUUAUUGCCCAGCUGA